GUUAAAAAGACUCCGACUGACAAGUCCAAAGCAGAGUCCGAUGCCCCUGGUGGUAUCUCGCUGCUCCUGGGCCUCUACCGCUUCAAUGAGCGGAUUACCCUCCGUGCGAAGUCGCUUGCAUCAAUGCUGACAGGGACGGGAACCAGUGCAAAGACUUGGUCGCCCGGUCUGCUGGAGCGCUCACUUUAUGAUGGCAUGAAGCGUGACGAUGACUCGAGCGACAUCCUGAAUUUAAAGGAACUCUUCAGUGGAUCCGACGGGAUGCUCAUCGCAGAUCCAACCAUUCUGCAAUUUCAUCUCUCCCCCUGGGCAAGGAUCGUGGAGCUGAUGAGGUUGAUCUCCGUGGUGGGCACAUGCAUCACGGCGCCCCUCAGUUUUAUUCUUGCCGGAGACUGGGCGUCGUCGCACUCGGUCCCGGGCGGCCACGCUCUCUUGGCUUUAGAUUGCGCGUUCGACGUAAUCUUCGCCUUCUGCCUGGUGAUCAGAUUCCGCAUUUCUGUUCUCCAUCCGCUUACCAAGAAGGAAGUUACAGAUCCUGUGCGGAUUCGACGUUACUUCACUGGCAGCAUGAUCUGGUGGCUAGAAGCCAUCAGUGUAUUUUCUCACGUGUGGCUAGGACUCGGGGCGACUUUGUUGCUGAACAACUUGAAGAUCAUUCGCGUAGGUCCUUUGCUCAAGGCACCCGACGCGCUUUGGAGGUGGGAAGACAGCAAGCUGGUGCGGCUUGGACGGCCGCCUUUCCUUCUGGUCCUUGCAGCACACUGGACCGCUUGCCUUCUGUUCACUCUUGGUGGCUUCCGAGAGGAGCUCAAGCUCCACGAAGAGGAGUAUGCGACGAAUUUUAAUUUGGGCUACGGCAUUUCAGGUGAAGUGUCUGGUGGUGUGUCGCUGUACUUCAUGGCCUUCGUAGAAGCCCUGUACAUGCUCACGGGUGCCAUGGACAACCCUCUCGGCGACGGCGGCCCUCGGAACAAGGAUUUCGGAGCCUUGCUCAUGGUCGCAAUCUUUGGACCCGCCGGGUGUGUAGUGGUGGCUCUCUUCAUCUCCGCCAUCAUGCGGGAGCAGCAGCGAGCGCUGGCUCUGGACAGCAAGCACGAGGAGAGCAAGGCCUUCAUGGAGCGUGCAUUGCAGAUCUUGGAGAUCCCAGACCAGUUGCAGCAGAGAGUGUUGAGCAUGCACCUUUUCCAGAAGUUCGAACAUGAUGUGGAGGCGUUCAACUCCUUGUUCGAGAAGAAGAACCUCAGCAAGCCGCUGGAAAACACUCUUCUGGUCUACCUCUACAGGAAUGGCGUGGCGCAGUCGCCCUAUUUCAGGGGAAAGGAUCUUAACUACAUCAUCGCCGUUCUUCAAGUUCUGGAGGACGAGGUGUACCUGCCUGGCGACUAUGUUGCGCGCAGGGGCGAGGUGGCUAAAGCGAUGUACUUUGUCAGCCGUGGCGUUCUUUCCAUCCACGUCCCAGACGGAGAGGAUGAGAGCAACGUGGACAAAGCGAAGGAGAUCAAGAAGCUGAGUACCGGGGAGCAGUUCGGAGAGAUCGCUCUGGUGAAAGACACUGUCCGGACGGCGUGGGUCCGUGCAGACACCUACGCCAUCGUCUCUGCCUUGGCGUCGGAGCGCAUCAGGCAUGUCUGGGACUUCUACCCCAAGGAGAAAGCCGAGCUCGUGCAAACAGUGGAGGCGCAUGCAAAACGGGACCGCGAACGGAAAGUCAAGCAGCGCUGGGAACGUGGUCUUGCUGGAGCGACGGUGACCCCGUGGAAGAUCAAAGGCAUGCCUGAGACGCCAGAAGCCAAGCAAAAGAGAAAGGAGAGCAUGAAAAGUGCGAAGUCCGUCACCUUCCAGGUCACGGAAGUGAAGGAGCAAAGCGAAGAUGGCCCCGACACGCCGAAAAGCACGGUGUCUAGCGAACCCGCUGCUACCGUGGACGUCAGUGAGUUCGUCGGGCGAAGGCUCCAGGCAGUGGAAGGCCGCAUGGACGAGCUCCUCCGCAGGCAGAGCUCUCUCGAACGCGUGCUGACCGCGGAGCUGGCAGAGCUGCACAAGACGCUGCGGUCCAGCACAGGAUCUCCGCCGUCCCACGAGGAGAAGGAGCGCGACAGUGGGAAGCUUCCCCUGGAGGAGAAGUGGACCCAGGGGCACAAGGAGCCUCGCAAGAGGAGCAAGCCAAAGACGCGCCGAGUCUAUGCGGACAGGCCCUGUGUUGACCUGAUCUCCGCAGAAGAGGCUGUCGUCGCGCAGGAGCGUGCCAGUCAAGCCGGCCAUGAAUACGACCAGAACAAUUCUGGUGGCCGACGAUUGAGCCAAGUGCGGGUGAAGGCCGAAAGCUCCCAGGACGCCCUGGCACCUGUGCCUGCCGGGUCCCAGGACUCUUCCGCCUCAGCUUCCGUGGCCAGGACUACCGAGGCCAAGCAGGAAGCCGCGCCUGCCUCGCUUCCACAGGCGCCCGAGCAUCUGGCAGACCUGGAGUCCGUGACGUUGCAUGUGGAGCCCGGAUCCAGGUCGAAGCUUCCGACCUGA